CGUAGCGGCUUUUGCCUCAGGAGAGUAAAAUGUGUUUGACAGGAAUCUGAAAGAGAGGAGGGGCGGUGGUACAUGAGUGGAAACCCGCACCUUCGGUAUAUCGCCAUCACUUUUUUUCAUCGGCAAUCUCCGGUCUUGUGCAGUGCGUGAACGGCGAAGGGGUGAAUGCGGUGAAGCCCGUGUUAUUUAGCGGCUCAGCAACAGGGCACACGGAGUACAGUAUGCCGCUGACUCUAUCGAUCCCGCGCACGGGGAGCUCCCGCAACUAGCGCCGCGCAAAGUAUCCUGAAAGGAGAAUGCGAAUGGUUAGGGAAGACAGGAUUCAAUUAAUAUGGAAACGAUAUAGCUUCACCGCCGCACUGCAUAUAGCUCGGGGAAACAGGUUAGAAAACAGAUAGCUAAAUAGGGCGCCUUUCGCCGUCAUACAUGCAAAGUUACUCAUCACUAGCCUAUAGUUGGCUGAAACAAAAGGAUCCCCUGCUCGACGGUGUCUUCACAAACCAAAGAAGACGGAAGAAUUAAAUAUGUUACGGAGGAGGCUGAACCGAUUGUGUGGAGGAGAUGAGAAGCGAGUGGACAGCAGGACAAUCUAUAUAGGAUCUCAGCCGGACACUGAGGCCUUGAUUCCCACCAAAUUCUGUGACAACAGGAUCGUGUCCUCCAAGUACACCGUGUGGAACUUCCUCCCAAAGAAUCUCUUCGAGCAGUUUAGAAGAAUCGCCAAUUUUUACUUCCUCAUCAUAUUCUUGGUACAGGUUAUUGUUGAUACCCCAACCAGCCCUGUAACCAGUGGCUUACCUCUGUUUUUUGUCAUCACAGUGACGGCCAUUAAACAGGGUUAUGAGGACUGGCUGCGGCACAAGGCAGACUAUGAAGUGAAUAAGUACACAGUGAUUGUAUUAGAGGACGGCCAGUGGGUAAAGAAGGACAGUGAGAGGAUCAAGGUGGGUGAUGUUUUGGAAGUGGUGGAGGACGAAACCUUUCCCUGUGACCUGAUUCUGUUACAGUCCACUCGAGACGACGGCACUUGUUUUGUCACCACAGCGAGCCUUGAUGGAGAAUCCAACCAUAAAACACACUAUACAGUGCCAGAUACAGAGAAAAACCUGCUGGAUCUCACUGCCACCAUCGAGUGUGAACAACCCCAGCCUGACCUCUACAAGUUUGUGGGACGUAUGCACAUUAACAAGCGAGAGGAGGAGCCAGCAGUAAGAUCUUUAGGCCCAGAGAACCUGCUUCUAAAAGGUGCUACGUUGAAAAACACCAAGAAGAUUUAUGGAGUUGCAGUAUACACAGGAAUGGAGACGAAAAUGGCCCUCAACUACCAAGGCAAAUCUCAGAAACGUUCAGCUGUGGAAAAAUCCAUCAAUGCUUUCCUGCUGGUGUAUCUUUGUAUCCUCAUCAGUAAAGCCAUAGUGUGCACUACACUAAAGUAUAUAUGGCAGAGCAAAGAAGGUCAGGAUGAGCCCUGGUACAAUCAGAAAACUCAGAAGGAGAAAGACACUUACGUGUAUUUAAAGAUGUUUACAGACUUCCUAUCCUUCAUGGUCUUAUUCAACUUCAUAAUCCCCGUGUCUAUGUAUGUUACCGUGGAGAUGCAAAAGUUUCUGGGCUCUUUCUUCAUCACCUGGGAUAAGGAUUUCUUUGACCCAGAGAUCAAGGAGGGCGCACUUGUUAACACCUCAGACCUUAAUGAGGAACUCGGCCAGGUGGAAUAUGUGUUCACAGACAAAACAGGCACAUUGACCCAAAAUAACAUGGAGUUCAUCGAGUGCUGUAUAGAUGGAUUUCAGUACAAACACAAAGACAACCAUGAUGAGUUAGACGGCUUUACUGUGACAGACGGGCCUGUGAAUAGACUACAGCAGAAAGCGGGACGGGAAAAGGAGGAGUUGUUCCUGCGGGCUCUGUGUCUGUGCCAUACAGUGCAGGUGAAGGAGGCGAGGCCUGAGCAAACUUCAAUAGACCAGGUGGACAGCGUCGAUGGGAUGCUUCCCCAAAAGGAGGAGGAAAGAGGCUUCAUUGCUUCAUCUCCUGAUGAGGUCGCACUGGUCAAAGGAGCCAUGAGAUAUGGCUUUACUUUCCUUGGUUUAGAAAAUAAGAACAUGAAGAUAAGAAACAGGCAGAAUGAUGUAGAGGAGUACGAUUUGCUUCAUGUUCUCAACUUUGACCCCGUUCGACGGAGAAUGAGCGUCAUUGUUAGGACCAAAUCUGGAGAGACACUUCUGAUCUGUAAAGGAGCCGAUUCCUCAAUCUUCCCAAGAGUCAAACAAGAGGAGGUGGACAGGAUUCGCUCGCACGUGGAGCGAAAUGCAACGGAUGGAUACCGUACACUGUGUGUGGCUUUUAAACAGCUGACCGCCGAAGAAUACGCUGUGGCAGAUCAUGGACUGAGGGAGGCUAGGCUGGCACUUCAGGACAGGGAGGAGAAACUCAUGGCCAUGUAUAACCAGGUGGAGACUGAAAUGAGUCUGAUUGGAGCAACUGCUGUGGAAGACCGAUUGCAGGAGGAGGCAGCCGAGACUAUGGAGGCCCUGCAGGGUGCUGGGAUGAACGUCUGGGUGCUCACCGGGGACAAAAUGGAGACGGCAAAGUCCACCUGCUAUGCCUGUCGACUGUUCCAGCGCGGUACUGAGCUACUGGAGUUAACUGUGCGAACGCUGGAGGAUGGGAGGUCAAAGCGCGAGGACAGACUUAUUGAGCUGCUACGCGACUACCACAGAAAAGCCGUGCAGGACGCCCCACCCGUCAAAGCAGGGGUUACACGGAGUUGGUCCACUGCAAAUCAAGAGUAUGGUUUCAUUAUUGACGGGGCUACGCUGUCGCUAUUGAUGAACCCGCCCAGAGAAGCAGACGCCAGUCUUUACAGGAGUCUCUUUCUACAGAUCUGCCAGAACUGCACCGCUGUCCUCUGUUGCCGCAUGGCCCCCUUACAGAAAGCUCAGAUAGUGAAGAUGGUGAAGAAUUCCAAAGGUUCGCCCAUCACCCUCUCCAUUGGUGAUGGGGCAAAUGAUGUUAGCAUGAUCCUUGAGGCACACGUGGGCAUCGGUAUUAAGGGUAAGGAGGGCCGUCAAGCUGUGAGGAACAGUGACUAUGCCAUUCCUAAGCUCAAGCACUUAAAGAAACUUUUGCUGGCUCACGGGCAUCUCUACUAUGUUAGGAUUGCCCAUCUUGUUCAGUACUUCUUUUAUAAGAAUCUUUGCUUCAUCUUACCUCAAUUCCUGUACCAGUUUUUCUGUGGAUACUCUCAGCAGCCCCUGUACGAUGCAGCCUAUCUGACGAUGUACAACAUCUGCUUCACCUCCAUGCCCAUUCUGGCCUUCAGCCUUCUGGAGCAGCACAUAGAUAUGGAGAUUUUGCUGGACAACGCCGCCCUCUACAGAGAAAUAGCAAAGAAUGCAAUGUUACGCUGGCGUCCAUUCCUCUACUGGACAGUGUUAGGAAUUUUUCAGGGUCUUAUGUUUUUUUUUGGGGUCCGAUUACUGUUCAGCAAUCCAGCCUUGCAGGACAACGGGCAGGUCUUUGGAAAUUGGUCGUAUGGCACGAUUGUAUUUACCGUUCUUGUUUUCACUGUCACUUUGAAGUUGGCUAUGGACACGCGCCAUUGGACGUGGAUUAACCAUUUUGUUAUCUGGGGUUCUUUGGCGUUCUACGUGUUCUUCAGUUUUUUCUGGGGAGGAAUCAUAUGGCCAUUUUUAAAGCAGCAGCGGUUGUACUUUGUCUUUGCUAACGUGCUGAGCUCAGUGUCUGCCUGGCUGGUCAUCAUCAUCCUCAUACUUCUCAGUCUACUGCCAGAAAUACUUUUGGCCGUCCUCCGCAAACCCAGAGGCCCCCGUUCAAAACAGAAAAAGCAGUGUCAGUCAAGUUUGGGGGGUGGCCAAGCCUCCCUGUCUUCAGCCAGACCCCUGCUCAUGAGAACCUUUUCAGAUGAGUCCAAUACUGUCCUAUGAACAGUGGUCAGAGGAAGCAGCAGCUCACAGAGUCAGGUGGCUGCUGUAACACCCCUGUCCUAUAAACAUCUGAAGGAGCGUUACUGAUGGGACGUCCUGGGUUCAGACUGCUGAUGGGACCUGAACAUCUGCAGGGGCCCUGAUUCAAACAGGAAAACGGAACCAGCUUAAACUAUUCAGACCAGGCUUCGAUCCAGCAGUCUGUCAGCCACUCUGGCCUUCUUUUCACCUCAUCCGUUCUGCCUUCUUGAAUCCCUCUAAUGCCCAGCAUGAAUCAAGAAGAACAGUGCCAUCCACCCUCACGGCACAUGCCAUUUUAUAUCCUGAUUAUUCGAAUGAGCGUUCAUAGCAUUGAGGUGUGAUACCUUCCCAUACUGCCACUCUCUGCUGAUAUCAUAUAUUCACGCUCAUCUUGCUCUUUCUUGCUGGCAUAAGCGAAACAACAUUCAAAGAAUUCAAUUUUGCCAACCAUCAACAUUCUCUCUAUUUUAUUUAUAAUUUUUUUAUUUUUGGAGGUGAGUUUCCCACACAGUUUAGUGGUCAGCUUCCAGGUGUGAUCACUCACAAAUCUGUAGUUUAGAGUUUUGUGAUAUGUAGCUGUUUGAGAUCCCUAAAUGUGAGCUCUGUAAGAUGCUGCACUUAGGGCCCUGACCCUAUGGGUAAUAAAGCUGCCUUUCAACAACCUGCUGUGGGUAAAAACGCACGGAGUUCUGGAAAUAUCCUGCGGUGCCAUCAACUCUGUGUGCGUAUGUGUGUGUGUGAGAAAAAAACAGAAAAUAAGUUACAGAUUUUUUUCAAAAGAAUUUUAAUGUAAAGUACUAGUUGUUUAUUGUUACUUUCUGCUUAAAAAGGGGUUGGUUUACAGUUGGAUUGAAAGUGUACUAGUGAAAUAAUGGAUAUUGUUGCUCGAAGCCAAAAAAGAUGCUUUUUGUUUAAGUUUGUCUAUAAAAAGUGUGAUCAAAGAUGGGAACAUGCCUUCACACCCAUGCAUGUACACGCUUUACAUCACUUCACCUUUAUGAGGUAACUAAAUGAAAUAAAAGUGGAGCUAUUUAAUAGGAGCUCUGGGUUUGAUGCAUAUUGGAACUCAAGUCAUAUUUGCCCCCUGCUACUGUAAACUAGUUAGGUGGGUAGCAAUCUUCAUUUUUACUCUCCUUUGUUCUUCUAAAUACAUUCCAUUACUACGUGCCAUGUUUUCAAUCACUUUUUAGAUUAUAAUUGAAUUAUUUUGUUUUUGACUAUGUGAUUCUAUUUGACAUAUUUAUUGUACCUUUGCAAAUGUUAUAUUUUUUUCAAAUAUAUUUCUUUCUUAAAUUAAACAUUGUCAGCAUGUGCCAAUUGAUUUUUGCCUGUGCAAUCUGCUGUUGAAAAGAUUGGGUUUCUAUAUCCUGUUGCCUGAGAAAUCCCUGUAGACCAGCAGCUCUGGGCUCUCGUUCUCUGAUCAGAGGUCCGACAGAUCUUCCUCUAAUAUUGGGCCGGUCCAAGACCAGAGUCUCACAUGUAUAAAUUAAGCUGAAACUCUGUCUGUUGUCCCUUUAAUAUGAAUGAUAAAUUCAAUUCUUUUCUGCCUGUAGCCCAAAAUGGGUGUAAAGAGUUAAAAGUCUGGCAUGUUUUGUAAUUAGUCCAUUUUCUGAUCAUGUUUCUCCUUUAUAAAAAAAAAUGGUAUAUGAAAAAUGGUCCAUUCCAGAUGCCAUAUCCUUGUACAUGUGUGUGUGUGUGUGCGUGAAUAUGUGCGUAUGUGAAUCAUCCGAGGGAAAGUGGUGUGUGUUAGACCUUUGACUGUGUCAUUAUGCUAUAAGAAUUUAUGUUCAGAUCCAAGUUCAGGGUCUUAAUCCAGUUGUAUCGCAGGCAGCCCCCCACAACCACCAGGCCUUCUAUUAAUUUCUUGUUUUUUCACAAAUCAGAUUUCCAGAAAAUAUAUGAGAGCUAUAUUUAACUUUUUACUUAAAGGCUGGUUGAGUUUCCAUGCAAACAUAAAUCCAGCAUCACAACAUUUGUCUAUUCCUGUGCAUGCAUGGUUGACCACUAAGGCCACCACUGGACUGAACCCCUGGUGGGCACAUACACACUCAAACCCAAUUGAAUCCACACAUGUGCUUGUUCAGCUCAAAAAUGGAUGUGUAAAUGGUUCUUGCCUGCAAAGUUUGAAUUUCCAAACAGACCUUUAAAUGACUUCAGAGAUGCUAUUUUCAAAGCUUACUGUAUAUUGUAAAUCUUGGAUUCUCAUGUUGCCUGAAUAUGAAAAAAUAUUUGAUUGUAUUUUUAAUGUUACUUUUUGAGGCACUUUUUGUAUAAAAACAGAAAAAGUCCAAAAAAUUUGCAGGGAACGGCUGCCUGAUUGUGGGAAUGAGGCAGGACUGAGCUGUGUUGCUGUGAAAAACAAUCAGGCAGUAACCAUGUCAGCUUCCUCCAUCAUAUAUCCCUCAGGCACCAGCUGAUCUGAAUGUACCUCUUAAGACCAGUCUGUUUCAAACUUCGUUCUUUAAUAAAUGCUGUUUUGAAAGAAGAA